AUGUCUCCCCCUGCUGCACUCUUCGAGCCUACCACCGCCGCUCCCACCGGCGUCAAGGGCAAGGUCAUCGUCCCCGAGACCGUGACCACCACCCUGACCGGCCAGGACCAGAGCAAGCUCCUGGAGCAGUUCGGCGGUAAAUGGGACGAGUUCAAGUUCGCCCCAAUCCGCGAGAGCCAGGUCUCGCGCGCCAUGACCCGGCGCUACUUCCAGGACCUGGAUACCUACGCCGAGAGCGAUGUUGUCAUCGUCGGCGCCGGGUCCUGCGGUCUCAGCACGGCGUACGUGCUCGCUAAGGCGCGGCCGGAUCUGAAGAUUGCCAUUCUGGAGGCCUCGGUCUCGCCUGGUGGCGGUGCCUGGCUAGGCGGCCAGCUCUUCUCGGCCAUGGUCCUCCGCCGACCAGCCGACGCCUUCCUAACCGAACUAGGUGUCCCCUUCGAAGAGGAGCCCUCGAACCCGAACUUCGUGGUCGUCAAGCACGCGGCCCUGUUCACCUCGACGCUCCUGUCGAAGGUGCUGUCCUUCCCGAACGUCAAGCUCUUCAACGCCACCUGCGUCGAGGACCUGAUCACGCGACCGGACGUCGAUGGCUCCAUCCGUCUGGCCGGUGUGGUCGUCAACUGGACGCUCGUCACCUUGCACCACGACGACCACUCGUGCAUGGAUCCCAACACCAUCAACGCGCCGAUCAUCAUCAGCACCACGGGCCAUGAUGGCCCCUUUGGCGCUUUCUGUGCGAAGCGUCUUGUCUCCAUGAGCGCCAUUGAGAAGCUUGGCGGUAUGCGUGGUCUGGAUAUGAAUGCUGCUGAGGAUGCUAUUGUCAAGAACACCCGUGAGGUCGCCAAGGGUCUUAUUAUUGGCGGCAUGGAGCUGUCGGAGAUUGAUGGCUUUAACCGCAUGGGUCCGACUUUCGGGGCUAUGGCUAUGAGUGGUGUCAAGGCUGCUGAGGAGGCUUUGCGUGUCUUUGAGACGCGCAAGCGCGAGUGUGCUGAGUAG